AUGGUAGAGGCCGUAGGGGGCUCAGCUGAGUCUUCUUCUUUGGGCAAGUCCCAGGCCAUGUUGAGGAUAUUGGAGAGGGUCGCUAGACCUUAUUCUAGGUCUGAAGGCUGUGUCACUGGAGUUAUCCCUACUAUGGCCGAGUAUUGGCUGGAGGCCACUGAGAGGAUUAUGAAUAGUAUAGACUGUACUCCCAAGCAGAGACUUAAAGGUGCAAUCUCUUUGCUUUGGGAUAAGGCAUAUCAGUGGUGGUUGUUAGUUGAGAAGGGUACUCAGCCUGAUCGUCUGAACUGGAACUUCUUCAAGACUGCUUUUCAGGGGAAAUAUGUGGGUGCGAGCUAUGUGGAUGCUCGUAGGCGUGAGUUCAUGAAUCUCACGCAAGGUGAUAGAUCUGUGGUGCUGAGGUUGAGCCGCUAUGCUCGAGGUAUGGUGGCGUCUGAGUAUGAGAAGUGUGUUCACUUUGAGGAUGGCUUGAGGGAUAAUUUACGGGUUUUGAUUUCUUUACAAAGGGAGCGAGAGUUUGCGGUUCUAGUUGAUAAGGCGAAGAUCGCCGAAAAGGUUAAGCAUGUAGAGCGUUAG